AUGCCUUCUACUGAUCCAAAUUCGGCUUCUCUGUUAUGUCGAACACAUGGCGGUGAGAUCGAUCUGGAGGCACAGACCCGUCCAAUUGACAAAUCUGUUGGGUCUGUGGUAUCGGGCCACUCUACAGAUGGCGAAUUGAGCGCAGGGAUAGCACUGAGAGUUGGACAUGGACCAGCGGGUGUUGAUAACACGCUCACGGCCCUUAAAGAAGAUCCAUCUGUGAACGACGUCAAAGAUGGCUUCAACGUCUCAGGGUGGAGAGUGUCCAUCAAGGAUGUCUCGGAUGACGUUCCUGAAUUGGACAACGAUGGAGAACACAAAACCAAUAUGGAGCUCAUAGAUUGUGCAUUGUCCCCACCUCGCCUUCGGUUUCUUCCAAAAAUUACAACCCUUGCUCCAAAUCAGCAACCACCGUCGCAGAAGCAAGGCCGCAAGACAAUCAUAAAGGAAGACUUGCAAGGGGUGUGGUCUGAGUGUGCCGAGCAAGUGUGGGAGCAUCAAGGGGAGAUCAUCGACAGGUGGAAGGAUGAAUUGAACACCCUACUUAUCUUUGCCGGUCUAUUUUCAGCCGUCCUCACCUCAUUUGUGGUUGAAUACUACUCCACUCUUCAACCAUCGACUUUCGACACUACUGCGCAGUCCCUCAUGAUCAUUUCCGCGCAGUUGGAUGUUCUUGCUGCCAAUGCUGAUCACAGAGACCAUCUCUUUCCGUCUGUGUCUGCUCUAGUCAAUUCGUCCUCGGUGACACAGGCCUCGUCUCAGACUGUUGCCGUCAAUGGCCUGUGGUUCGCUGCGUUGGUCUUUAGCCUUGGAGCAGCAUCCCUCGCUAUAUCCGUCAAUCAGUGGCUAAACCAUCAUCGAGUGCGACCAUCGAGCAUGUCAAGAGAGAGCGCGGAGAUUUGGUACUUACGCCGUCGGAGUCUUGAUUUGUGGAAGGUUCCUCUCAUCAUCAGUGUUCUUCCAGUCCUUCUACAAGCAUCGCUGGCUCUAUUCCUCGUCGGCCUGGUCAUUCUGUUAUGGCCACUGAGUACUAGCAUAUCUAUUGUCGUGUGCGCGCUCGUUUCUUUGCUGCUCUUGGUCACCAUUGGUACCGCGCUCAUUCCCGCUAUCAUCCCUGACUGUGCCUACAAGUCUCCACAGGCAUGGUGGUGGCUAAAGCUGCUCCGUGGUUCUGAGCGAUUAAUUUAUUCUGCUGCCUCCAAGUUAAUCUGGCGCAUUCGGUUAGGUUCGGAUGCUGACUAUUGCUCCAACUCGUCUGACGCGUUCCUACUAUCAUAUAUAGGCACCCAUGAGUCGUCGAAAGUCUCCCUCGGGCAGUGGAAGACCUUCCUGCAGUGGAAAAUUCCCCUCAGACAGUGGAAAGUCUAUAUCUGCCAGUGGAAAACCUCACUUCAACAGCUGGGGACUCCACUCCAGCAUUGGGAGACCUCUUUCGGGUGGCGGAGGACUAUCGGCGAAGUCUAUAAUGACACCGUGGAUGGGUUGCUUUCAGCGCUCCUGGAUCGGAGUUACUUCGUCCGGGAUCUCUGGAACUCAGAGGACUGGAGAGCGUGUGAGGUGGCGUGUUUAAAUGCAAUAAAGGAGAAUACAAGCUCUCCAACGCCAUUUCAAGGCCAAAUGUUAACAGAAGCGUACACAAUGGUCUCGGAUAGCGCGUUCAUUGUCCCUGUGUCUCUGCUUUGUUUCGAUUCCACCAACUCCGAAACUGUUCUCAACUCCUUAGCUGCACUUUCGAAGCGUGGGCAGUUCGAAUAUCCUCUGAGUUGGAUAUGGGGCAAAUAUUAUGCUACACGGGCGAGCGAGCAAGAAAAGGGCCAUAUCCUGGCCAUGCUAGACAGCUUCAUUGAUAUGCUGCCUGUGAUAUCUGAUGACAAUCCUCAUGCUAGGGAAAAUUGGCAUGCUGUCAAUUACUACGUGGAGGGUCUUAUUCAGCUGAUGAAUGAUUGGCCCACUGUACGAGCUCGUCUUCGAAGAUUGUGGCAGCAUACGAUGACAAACACCAGAGGUGGAGCCAAGCCUCUCGGAUGGGGAUUUGCAUUCGAAGUGAUUAGACGGUUCAGGAAUGAGCUUGAUAGCGCAGACAUAGCAUGCAGGUGUGAGCUACCCAAGUUUUUAGAAUGUGAUAUGCGGUUGGAUGGCUGCACGAAACGAGAGCGCAUUCGCCUCUCUAAGGAGACCCUUCAUGAUAUAGACAUCUGA